AUGCGGCCGCGGGAACGCCUCCGCUCUUCAUUGCCGGCGUUUGGGCGGGGUAGAGACGCCGGUGCAACACAGACUGGCCAGCUGCGCCUGCGGUUUGGUCUGGGGCUGAGGCAUUGCCAGGAGGUCAGGGUCAUAAUCGUGCCAUCCUAUACAUUUCGUAUUGGAACGUCAUAUCCUUCGAGAAGCUCAGGGGCCCAGAUCAUUGAUCUGAUGAUGCUGGUCAUCGAUGUGACCAAGGGGAUGCAGACCCAGUCAGCAGAAUGCCUUGUGAUUGGACAGAUUGCCUGCCAGAAGCUGAUUGUGGUGUUGAACAAGACGGACCUCUUGGCUGAAGGAAAGAAACAGGCAGCGAUAGAGAAAAUGACCAAGAAAAUGCAGAAGACCCUGGAGAACACCAAGUUCCGAGGUGCACCAAUUAUACCUGUGGCGGCCAAGCCUGGGGGACCAGAGGCCCCCGAAACAGAAGCUCCACAGGGCAUCUCAGAGCUCAUUGAGCUCCUGACGUCCCAGAUUUCCAUCCCAACGAGAGAUCCCUCGGGACCAUUCCUCAUGUCUGUGGACCACUGUUUCUCCAUCAAAGGCCAGGGCACUGUGAUGACAGGAACCAUCCUCUCAGGCUCCAUCAGCCUCGGCGACAGUGUGGAGAUUCCUGCCCUCAAGGUGGUGAAGAAGGUGAAGUCCAUGCAGAUGUUCCACAUGCCUGUCACCUCGGCCAUGCAGGGAGACCGGCUGGGCAUCUGUGUCACUCAGUUUGAUCCCAAGCUGCUAGAGCGUGGCCUGGUGUGUGCCCCUGAGUCCCUGCACACUGUCCACGCGGCCAUCAUCUCCGUGGAGAAGAUCCCAUAUUUCCGGGGACCCCUGCAGACCAAGGCCAAGUUCCACAUCACACUGGGCCACGAGACGGUUAUGGGCCGGUUGAUGUUUUUCAGCCCUGCCCCAGACAACUUUGACCACGAGCCUGUGCUGAACACCUUCGAUUUCUCCCGAGAAUACCUAUUCCAGGAACAGUACCUCUGUAAGGAUCUUGAGCCAGGGUCAACAGGCAGUGACCAGGCUACCGAGAAGGCAGGCCAGGCCACAGAAGGCCUCUGUCCCCGACAGCAGUGGGCCCUCGUGGAGUUUGAAAAGCCUAUCACCUGCCCUCGGCUGUGCCUGGUGAUUGGCUUCAGGCUAAAUGCGGACAUUCACUCCAACAUGUGCCGGCUGGCCUUCCAUGGCAUCCUGCUGCAUGGGCUGGAGGACAAGAACUACACUGAGAGUCUCCUGCCCAAGCUGAGAGUGUACAAAUUGAAGCACAAGCACGGCUUUGUGGAGCGGGUAAUAGAUGACUACAGUGUGAUCGGCCGCUCCCUGUUCAAAAAGGAGACCAACAUCCAGCUCUUUGUGGGGCUCAAGGUACACCUGUCCACUGGGGAGCUGGGCAUCAUUGACAGCUCCUUUGGCCAGAGUGGCAAGUUUAAGAUCAACAUCCCUGGUGGCCUCGGCCCGGAGUCUAAGAAGAUCCUGACACCCGCACUCAAGAAGCGGAGUCGGGCCAGCAAAGGGGAGAUGGCCAAGCAGGAGGAGAGUGCGGAGCGGCAGGAGCCUGCGCAGCACGUGACACUCAGCCUGUCUUUCAAGCGUUAUGUCUUCGACACCCACAAGCAUAUGGUCCAGUCUCCCUGAGUGACCCCGGGCCACCUUGCCUGGGCCAAAUGCCCAACCAGACAUGCCUCGACCUCCUGCAGUCUCCCCACAGCUCCACAGGCAGCAGGCCCCCAGUCCUGGCGUUCAGCAGGCGGCAGUGCCCCACCCUGCACCCUCCUGCUAGAGGACAGCACCCAAGGAGAAAGGGGCCUCAGCUGGAGAGGGACCCAGACAUCAGGCAGCUGAGUACUUGCCAGCUGCAAAUAAAUGUCUCGUGGUGGCCCCUCA